ACCUUAUAAGCGGCUGUUCUGUGAUUAUCCUUAAGCAUGGCCACGCCCGCACUUAACUUCUGACGGUGGGGAAAGCAGCUGUGUGUGAUAGCUUGGAAGGUUUACUGCUGCAAGUCCUCUUCUCUGCAGUUGAGGUUUCAGGUUUCAAUCCUCCCAAUACCACAAGACAGAGCACCGGGCGGCUGCCGCCUCCGCCUCCGCGCCUUAACCUAGGCGGCUUGCCGAAGAUUUCAGCCCCGCGGCCGCGCGCUCGCUCUGCCCUAGACCAGGGUUGGGCGCAGCGGCGGAGGUGGCUUCUGGGCUGCGCGAGCUGGGCGAGCUGGGAGGCGGCGAUCGCAGCUGGGCCGGGACUUCCUUCCUCCACCGCACGACAACAAAACAACCCUGCGGCAGGCACUGAGUGCUUGGCAGCUGUCUGGGCGAGAGGCACAGCGAUGGGCUCCGUGCUGAGCAGCGACAGCGGCAAAUCGGCGCCCGCCUCUGCCACCCCGCGGGCCCUGGAGCGCAGGGGGGACCCGGAGUUGCCUGUCACGUCCUUCGACUGCGCCGUGUGCCUUGAGGUGUUACACCAGCCUGUGCGGACCCGCUGUGGCCACGUAUUCUGCCGUUCCUGUAUUGCUACCAGUCUAAAGAACAACAAGUGGACCUGUCCUUAUUGCCGGGCAUAUCUUCCUUCAGAAGGAGUUCCAGCAACUGAUGUAGCCAAAAGAAUGAAAUCAGAGUAUAAGAACUGCGCUGAGUGUGACACCCUGGUUUGCCUCAGUGAAAUGAGGGCACAUAUUCGGACUUGUCAGAAGUACAUAGAUAAGUAUGGACCACUACAAGAACUUGAGGAGACAGCAGCAAGGUGUGUAUGUCCCUUUUGUCAGAGGGAACUGGAUGAAGACAGCUUGCUGGAUCAUUGUAUUACUCAUCACAGAUCAGAACAGAGGCCUGUGUUCUGUCCACUUUGCCGUUUAAUACCCGAUGAGAAUCCAAGCAGCUUCAGUGGCAGUUUAAUAAGACAUCUGCAAGUUAGUCACACUUUGUUUUAUGAUGAUUUCAUAGAUUUUAAUAUAAUUGAGGAAGCUCUUAUCCGAAGAGUCUUAGACCGGUCACUUCUUGAAUAUGUGAAUCACUCGAACACCACAUAAUUUUAUUAAAACGAAGGGAAAAGGGACCACUGAAUUGCACCAUUUAAGAUGCUGCUUGAACAAAUUGGAGGGAAGUUGUCAAUGAUUGAUGGGCAAAAAUGUACAACACAGUUAUAUGUCCAUGUUUGUUGUUAUAGUGCACUUAAAAACUGCUUUAAUUUUAAUGGUUUAAAUCUGUUUUACAUCCUUGAGAUUCUUACACAUCUAACAACAAAAAAAAUUGUCUACAUCAGUCAUUAUUACAUGGAAAAGACACAUGGUAGGCAAGUAGGUGGAGGAUCUCGGUUUGCAAAUUAGAUAACACUUUGUGUAUAAUGCUACAUAUUAAUAACUACCAUCAUGGUUAGGCACGAUAACUAAUCUUUGUUCUGUGUAAAAAAAAUGGAGAGUGAAACAAAGUGCAGACAUUCAAAGAAAUAAGAAAUCUGCUCCAAUGCUCUUGUUCUAAUCUCUAAUAGAUUAACGUUAAUAAUCUUGUAUGGGAGUUGGAAAGGAAAAUUUUGGAAGUCAAGAAAGUCCAUUUAGACCGGACGCGGUGGCUCACGCUUGUAAUCCCAGCACUUUGGGAGGCUGAAGCAGGUGGAUCACGAGGUCAGGAGUUCGAGACCAGCCUGGCCAACACUGGUCUCUGUGAAACUCCAUCUCUACUAAAAAUACAAAAAUUAGCUGGACGUGGUGGUGGGCACCUGUAAUCCCGGCUACUUGGGAGGCUGAGGCAGAAGAAUCACUUGAACCUGGGAGGCAGAGGUUACAGUGAGCUGAGAUCGCACCAGUACACUCCAGCCUGGGUGACAGAGCUAGACUCCAUCUCAAAAAAAAAAAAAAAAAAAAAAUCCAUUUAACCAAAUUGUCUUACAUAAUACUGUAACAAAACAAAUUUUGUGUUAGAAAAGUAUACUUAAUUCUUUGACUUUUUAUAACUGCAUACAUAAGAAUUCAAUAUUUUUCAAAUAUUUAUAGCUUAUUUAGAAAUAUUUCUAUAAUAUAGGCAAUUUCUUAAAAACCAUCAGAUGAUACUUACAGUAGAAGUAUUCACAUCCAGACUUUUUAGUAGAAAACCCUAAGGGCUUUGAUUUCUUUUUUGAUUGUAACAUUUUAAAAAUUAUGAAAUAAAAAUACUGAAAACCAGACACAAAAUUUAUAGCUGAGUGCCUUAUUAUAAGGAAAUACUCUUUUAGGACUCAGCCAGUCACCCCACGUGUCCUUUUUGUGUCCUGUCACAAUUACAACCCCACAAAAGUAACUGCUAGACUGAUUUAAAUAGUAAUCACUUUGUUGCAUUUGAUUACUGCUGCAACACCUAAAUGCAUAUAUCUAUAUUUUAAUAUCAAUUUAAAAUUGUUAUUAAAUGUAUAUUUUAUUUUACAUCUCUUUUUUAAUCUAGAAGUUCCUCCUUCUUUCCAGUUCCUUAAAAUUUACCUGGUGAAGAACCUGAUCCUAGGACCUAUAGAGUUUCCCAUGCUUUGUAUUUUGCUGAUUGCACACUCAUGGCACGGUUCAGCACAUUCCCCUAUCCUCUAGAUAUUAGCACACGGUGCAGGUUCAGGCACAUUGAAUUUGAGAAGACUUAGGUUCAGUUCUUUGGCAAGACUGUCAAUCAUGGUGUCUUUCUUUCUUUCCUUCCUUCCUUCCUUCCUUCUUUCUCUUUCUCUCUCUCUCUCUUUCUUUUUCUUUCUCUUUUUUUCAGAGUUGCACUCUGUUGCCCAGGCUGGAGUACAGUGGCACAAUCUCGACUUACUGCAACCUCCAUCUCCUGGGUUCAAGCAGUUCUCCUGUCUCAGCCUCCCAAGUAGCUGGGACUACAGGUGCAUGCCACCAUGCCUGGCUAAUUUUUGUAUUUUUAGUAGAGACGGGGUUUCACCAUAAUAGCCAAGCUGGUCUCAAACUCCUUACCUUGUGAUCCGCCCACCUCAGCCUUCCAAAGUGCUGGGAUUACAGGUGUGAGCCACUGUGCCCGGCCCACAGGGUUUUUAUCUAACCUUUCUGUUACAACUAUACCUCUCUUCUAUACUGAAAGUCCUGGUUUUCAAGAACACAGGGCACGAUAGAAUUAGAACAUCCCACAAUUACUCAUUUCUUUUAUUUAUCUUACACUUGCAGCUGUCUCAGAAUAACAACAGAAAUACAACCACAACUAAUAUGGCAAUUGAAACAAUUAAAAAGUUUUCAUUUGCUUUUCUCAUUCUUUCCCAGUUUUUUUUUUUCUUUUUUUUGAGAUGGAGUCUCAUGCUCUUUUUGCCCAGGCUGGAGUGCAAUGGCGCAAUCUCUGCUCACUGCAACCUCUGCCUCCUGGGUUCAAGCAAUUCUCCUGCCUCGGCUUCCCGAGUAGCUGAGAUUAUAGGCAUGCGCCACCACACCCUGCUAAUUUUGUAUUUUUAGUAGAGUCAGGAUUUCUCCAUGUUGGUCAGGCUGGCCUCAAACUCUCGACCUCAGGUGAUCCGCCCACCUCGGCCUCCCAAAGUGCUGGGGUUACAGGUGUGAGCCACUGCUCCUGACACCCCAAUUUUUAAAAUAGUUAUACUAUGUCAACAUUUUCAGAACAUACUGGUAUAGCAUACUGUACUUUCUUCCUUUUAUCCCCCAUUUAUUCUUAGUUCUUCAAUUAUAUAUUUAAUACUUGCCCCCAGUUUCUUUUGUUUUGUUUUGUUUUGAGGCGGAAUCUUGCUCUGUUGCCCAAGCUGGAGUGCAGUGGUGUGAUCUUGGCUCACUGCAACCUCUGCCUCCCAGGUUCAAGUGAUUCUCCUGCCUCAGCCUCUCGAGUAGCUGGGAUUACAGGUGGGCACCACCGCACCUGGCUAAUUGUUGUAUUUUUAGUAGAGAUGGGUUUUGCCAUGUUGGCCAGGCUGGUUUUGAACUCCUGACCUCAAGUGAUCCACACGUGUUGGCCUCCUAAAGUACUGGGAUUACAGGCGUGUGCCACCGCGCCAGGCAAUUGCCCCCAGUUUUUAUUUGAUGGCUCUGACUGUUUCUCAUAUCUGACUCUUUAAUUAUGAAUCCAGGGCAUAGAUUAGUAUCUCCAUCUUGUAAGGAUGCAAAGAAGCCAUGAAAAUGAGUAAUAUCAAUUCCUGAGGAUAAAAUGUUACUUGACUAGAGUUAGCUUUUUAAUUGCAAUCACUUAUAAACUUCUUUGUUCCUUACAUAUAAGCAUAGUCAUAACCAUGGUGCCCAAAAUUUUCUAUAAGUUAUUGUAACUCCUUAAAGGUCUUGCUACAGUUCUUCUAUCCACUACAAAUAAUUGGGAAAAUGUAAAGCUGAGUGAAAUCUAGUGAGUCUCAUAUCCUCCCUUUUAGAUAUUGGUUUUAAGUUUGCUUUUCACAGCUGCUAAAAAGUAACAACUGAUUUUUAGUUCCACAACCUCUCUUUCUUCAAUUUGGAUGGAUCAUACAAUAAAGCAAAACCUGGCUGGUUACAGUGGCUCACACCUAUAAUCCCAGCACUUUGGGAGGCUGAGGUGGAGGAUCACAUGAGCCCAGGAGUUCAAGACCAACCUGGGCAAUAUAGUGAGACUCCUUCUAUUAAAAAAAAAAAAAAAAAAAGCUGGGCAUGAUGCACACGUUUAGUUUCAGCUACUAAGGAGGCUGAGGUUGGAGGAUCACUUGAGCCCAGGAGGUCAACACUGCAGUGAGUUAUGAUCAUGCUACUGCACUCCAGCCUGGGCAACAGAGCAAGACCCUGUCUCCAAAAACAUAAGUAAUUAAAUAUAAAUAAAAAUAAAGCAAAAUCUGUUGGGAAACAAGAGAAAAAGGAGAGGAAUUUUUCAGGAAUAAUCAUAAAAAGAAAAAUGAUCAUCAGACUGAAAGUCCAGAGCCUGAGAAAUGAAAACAUAUUUUUAAGCAUUGGUGUUGACCAUGCAGACAAACUUUUGUUAAUUCAGAGCAAUACAAAAGGCACCUUUGAAUCUAUAAAACUUGAAAAAAGUUAAUUGUGUUUCGGAUAAAGCUUUAAGUCAUCUGUCACUAUUAACCUCAAUGCAGCAAUUCUGACUCCUGUGCCUGGAUUCCUCUUAUGAUAAUUUUGCCACCUACAGGACAGAUUAGGUGCUGGUCGCCUGAAUUAUUUUGUGUUCUGAAUUAUUUUGAGCUCUAAAAUGGUAAAGUGCAAAUACUCAUUGUUUUACUGUGCAUUUGGUCUUUUAUAAAAAGGUAUUUAUAAUUCGUUGAUAAAAACCAAUAUUUGAAGCUGUUGAUUACCAACAAAAAAGUUUCACUGUCUUUAUAGUGCCUCAGGAUACAACUUUUUCAAGGCCUUAUUAGAGAAAAACUGAUUCACAUGUUAUUCUUCUAAAGCUAAAUUAUUAAAAUGUAGGUUGAAAGAUUGGAUUGAUUGUGAAUCUACACUAAAGAUAUGGUUCCAGGCAGACCUCCUCAGAGACCUCCAGGCAGACCUCCUUACUGUCUUCAGUGAUGUUUAAUUUCAUUACUGUUACUGGGUGCCAAGUGUCUUUCAUUUGGAAGUGAACUUACUCCAGUUAUUGAAUGUUUAUCAUAUCAUAAUUUGCAUUUUUCAAACAUUGAAGGUAUUUUAAAAAGUCACUGAGAGAUUCAUUCCUUUAUUAUUCAACUACAAAAAAAUAGUGUAAUGAUCAGAAUUUAAAAUGUAUGAUUCUUUUUCUUCUGUAAGUAUGUAUUGCUAUGAUAAAUAAAAAAU